AUGGCAUCCAACAACUCGCUUCUAGAGCAGUUUUAUUCCAGAAAAAUUAAUUACAAGGUCAUUUUAGUUCAGGUUUUGGUCUGUGUUUUUCUCUGCAUAAAUGUUUUUCUGAUCACAACUUUUUUUCUAAAGAAUUACUUUCAUACAACCAUGCGCUACAUCUUAUUUGUCAUAACACUCUUUUCUGAUUGUCUCUUUCUGAUAAUGACAGAUAUGCUUCUUAUUUUGAGCUACUUUAGUUUUGCCAUAGAGAUAUGGCUGUGUAUCAUUAUCUACAUUAUUUUGUCUGUCUACACAUUCGUCACACCCCUUACUCUCACAGCCAUGGUCCUGGAGCGCUACGUUGCAAUCUGCAUGCCCCUGCGACAUGCAGAGCUUUGCACCACACGCAGCACGGUCCACCUAAUCCUCACCAUACACAGUCUCAGCUCAGUUCCCUGUGUUGUUGUUAUCUCUAUAUUUUUUGCAUUCACAUCUUUUACUUUCUACACCACAGGCAGGAUAUGCUCUGUGGAGAUGUUCAUCUUGUACAAAUGGCAGAGUCAUCUGCGAUCAGCUAUAAGUCAGUUUUACUUCCUGAUCAUGUGUGUUGUCAUUGUCUUCUCCUAUGUUCAAAUAAUGAAAGUGGCCAAAGCUGCAUCAGGAGAGAAUAAACAGUCAACAUGGAGAGGCCUCAGAACGGUGAUUCUUCAUGCUUUCCAGCUGCUCCUAUGUCUCGUCCAGCUAUGGUGUCCCUUCAUUGAAGCUGCUGUGCUUCAGAUUGAUUUCGUGUUAUUUGUCAACGUUAGGUACUUUAAUUACAUAACUUUUAUUCUAGCUCCAAGAUGUCUGAGUCCUCUGAUCUAUGGUCUCAGGGAUGAUUUGUUUUUUCAGGCUGUCAGGUACUAUGCUCUCUGUGGAUUAUACAAGAAACAACCAUCGGGUUAA